UUCUCUAGGGUUUAAUCGAUAUUCGAUACUGAGGUCUCUUUCUCAAAAAAAAAAAAAAAAUCGAUACCGAGGUUUGUUAAUCGGGAGCUUGCUUAUGGGGAGAAGGGUGGAGUGAUUGGCGUUGCAAAUUUCGUAUUGAAUCAAGUUUCUUCGUCUUCUUCUUCUUCUAAUUUCGCAGUAUUUUAAGACUGUGAUUGGAGAGAAUCAGACGUUUUCGGAUCUGGGUUUGGCUCCUUUUUAGGCUUCCUCACGGGGUAGAAGAAAUGAAGUCGAUGUCGAAGCGUGGAGAAGAUAGGAUCAGUGCAUUACCAAAGUCCCUUAUUUGUCACAUACUUUCGUUUAUUCCGACAGUAGAGGCUGUGAGGACUACUGUUUUGUCUAAGAGCUGGAACAGGGUGUGGACUGGUGUCACCACUCUAGACUUCAACGAUGACAGGGACGUGCGUCGUUUUUUGGACUUUGAUAUGUUUGUCAAUCGUGUGCUUUCGUUCCGGGACGCAACAGACAUACAGAAAUUCAAACUUGAGACUUGGCAUUUGGAUGAUCUUGAUGUUUUUGAAGGUUGGAUAUACGCUGCCAUGUGGCGCAAUGUUCAAGAACUUCAUAUAGCCUUCAGACCUGGAGCCACGUACUAUGUGAUUCCUGGUGUUCUUUUUGACUGCAAAUCACUGAGGGCCUUGAGACUUGAAAUUGGUGCUAAUCCUAUCCGUUAUGAUUGUCCUCCUCCUUGGAGUUUCCGAAAGCUCAAGUUCUUUCAUGUGACAUUUGAUAAUCCUGAUGAUGAGUUAGCGGAAAGGAUUUUCUCUUGUUGCCCUGUUGUUGAAGCUAUGAUCAUUGAUGGGCAGGCCAAUGCAAUGCAGUAUGAAUUCAUUGUCGGUGCACCAGAAUUGAAAUCGUUGACUAUAAGUUUGGAUGAUCCCGAUGAGAACGAUUUUCAAAUUAAUGCUCCAAAUCUUGAAAACCUGGUGCUCAAGAGUGUUUCUUUGUCGAAUUACAAUUUGCAGAGCGUGAGAUCCCUCGACAGUGCUAGUAUCUCCUUUGUUGACAUUUCUGUUUCUGAAAAGCCAUCUUUUCCAACUCGUGCGACUGCGCUCCUUGCUGGAAUCUCUGAUGUCAAAUGUCUGUCUCUUUCAAUUCAUUCUUUUGAGGUUUCAUAUCUACCAGCUGCUUUUAUUAAUUUGAAAAAAUUGGACCUGCUGCUUCAUAAACUCAAGUAUUGGGAAUUGCUGGCAGAGCUUCUCAACAGAGCACCCCAAUUGGAAGAUCUUGUUCUGGAAGAUAAAACCGAAUGUGGUCAUGAACAUACAGAUUUUGAAUGUAAUCCACCAGAGGCUGUGCCUGUAUGUUUGCUGUCACAACUAAAGACUAUCACAAUUAAAGGAUUCAAGGGACAGAGGGUUGAGAUGGGAGUGGUGAAGUAUCUGUUAAACAAUGGUCAUGUGUUGACUGAAUUGACACUUUAUAGUGGGUUAUUGCCAGCUGAAGCCAAUGAGAUGUACAAGAAGUUUCUGAUGUUUCGUAUGGCAAAGGGUUGCGUAGUCAAGUUUCGUAAGAUGUGAUUAUUCUAAGAUCAGGACUUGAGUUCUAUCAGACCUUGGUCGAUGGGACCAAACUUUUUAAAAGGAUGUAAUCCGUUUUGUUUAAACUGGACAUAGUUAUAGUCCUUCUCAGGUACUAUCUGAUAUUAUCUAUGUAUAUUAUUUGUAUGUUAUUGUAUUUGUUUAGAUUCUUCUUUUUCAGGUUUGUUUAGAUUCCCUUAGAGAAAACUAGAUAUGAAUCCAAUAUUUUGA